AGCUCGUCCUCUUAUAGCCUCACGUGAUUCAUUUCAAAUGCUGGACGGUUUUUAUGACGUCAACGCAAAACCACCCGGCUUCCGUCAUUGAGAAGGGACGUCGGAAUGAGGUGACGUCAUUGGGAAGCGCCGGAGCCCAGGAGCGAGCAGAUUGGGAAAGCAUUUGGAUAGUGAAUAUGAAUGAAUGGAUUACAAAAAAACCUUUGGAAUGGGAAAAAUAUCUGAACAAAGAAGUAAAAGUUACUGCAGAUGAAAAAAAUGUAUAUCAAGGCUGGGUCUUUACUGUUGACCCUGUAUCGGGAAGUGUUGUCCUGGUAAACUUCGUGGAUACUGGGAAGGUGUCUGUUGUGACUAUUAUGGGCCACGCAAUUCAGACAGUGGAACUAAUCAAUGAAGGAGAAAACAACACAACUGAGAAACUCUCUGCCUUAUUUAUGCCUGUCGCUGACAAGGUCUACAGCAAUGAAGAGCUUGAACAAAGGAAGUCCAGCCUUAAAUCUUGGCUAGAGAAAAAUCGGAUUCCUGUUACAGAGCAGGGGGACCAACACAAAGUGCUGUGUGUGGCUGGGGUAUUGACAGUAUCUCCACCAUAUAAUCCAGAAGACUGCAAUAGCUCCAAUGAGAUUAUCCUAUCCAGGGUUCAAAGUCUUAUCAACUGUAACCCAAAUGCUGAUCACAAAGCUGAUUGAAGGGGAAUACUUAAUGUUAAAUUAUUAAAUAUAUAUUUCUUCUGGUAAAUUUGGCAUCCAUUCUUUAACACUAUUGUUAAACAUUAGCUGUACUUCUGUUAUAGGUGCCCAGCCUAGCACUGAUGUGGUGGUGACUUUAUUGCUUGUGUGCAGAGUAAAAUUGAAAGUUAAAGUUAAUCUUAUCCAAAUUGAUGUACCAUUUUUGAGAAAUCCAGAAGAGAAUCGUUGAGAUUAUCUGCUAUCCUGUCAGCAAUCUUUCAUACACAUUCACCUCAUGAAAUAAGAUACUGUUGUAAAUGUGUUUUCCAUUCUAGAAUCUACCAAUCCAAUUUAAUAGUAAAAGAAUGUGUCUGAA